AUGAACAACCCUCCCUCUUCUAGUGACACCGAAAAGAACGCGGGCGUGCUUCGCCCUACAGAGCACGUCGAUGUAGUAGAGUCCGAGGUCCAGCCGCUGUCCCGGUUCCAGCAGGCGCUGCUCAAGCUCCGCGUGGAAACGCGCGGCAUCGAGCGCGUCCCGGACGACGAGCGGACGGACACGUCGUAUCUCAACAUCGGCUCCAUGUGGGUUGCGGCCAACUUGGUGGUCCCCUCCUUCACCAUCGGCGCCCUGGGGCGGCCGCUCUUCGGCGUCGGCUUCCUCGACUCCGUCCUCGUCAUCGUCUUCUUCAACCUCAUCGGCAGCGCCACCGUGUGCUUCUUCUCCACGUUUGGCGCCGCCUUUGGCCUGCGCCAGAUGACCCUCUCCCGGUUCUGGUUCGGCUGGUGGGGAGUCAAGAUCACCCCCGUUCCAGUCGCCAUGUUCAACAUCCUGGCCAGCGUCGGCUGGGCGGCCGCCAACAUCAUCGUCGGCGCGCAGCUGCUCCACGCCGUCAACGACGCCGUCCCGGGCUACGCCGGCAUCCUCGUCAUCGCCGCGUGCACCCUCCUGGUCGUCUUCUUCGGGUACCGCAUGGUGCACGCCUACGAGCGCUGGAGCUGGAUGCCCACGCUCGUCGUCUUCCUCGUCGUCCUCGGCGUCUUCGCCCGCUCCGGCGACUUCGUCCACACCGCGUCGCCGCCCACGUACCGGGCCCGCCUCGGCGCCGUGCUCUCCUACGGCUCCACCGUCUUCGGCUUCGGCACCGGCUACACCCCGUUCGCCGCCGACUACACCGUCUACCAGCCCAGCAACCGCCCCCGGCGCAACGUCUUCCUGGCCACCUGGCUCGGCAUCUACCCGACGCUGCUCUUCACCGAGAUCUUGGGGGCUGCCAUCGUCACCGCCACGGCGCUCAACGGAGGCGACAACCCGUAUCAGCGAGGCUACGACGACGCGGGGAUCGGCGGGCUUCUCGGCGCCGUCCUGUUCGAGCGACUGGGCGGGUUUGGAAAGUUCUGCGUGGUCGUCCUGGCCCUCUCCAUCGUCGCCAACAACUGCCCCAACAUCUACUCCGUGUCGCUGACGCUCAUGGUGCUCGGCCGCUGGACCCGUCGCGUGCCGCGAUUCCUCUGGUCGGCGCUCGCGACGGGCGCGUACGUGGCCAUCGCCAUACCCGGCUACGGCCACUUCGAGACGGCGCUGGAAAAUUUCAUGAACUUGAUCGCGUACUGGCUCGCCGCGUACGAGGGCAUCGUGCUGUCCGACCACUUCAUCUUCAAGCGCGGCUUCUCGGGGUACCGUCCAGAGCACUAUGAAGACCGCCACAAGCAGCCGCCAGGAAUUGCCGCGAUCCUUGCAUUUUGCUUCGGCAUCAUGGGCAUAAUCCUCGGCAUGAGCCAGUCGUGGUGGACGGGUCCGAUUGCGAGGCAUGCUGGGGCGCCGCCAUUCGGUGGCGAUGUCGGGUUUGAAUGCGCCUUUGCUUUCGCUUCGGUUUCAUACAUAAUCAUGCGCACAGUUGAGCUCAAGUAUGCUGGGCGGUAG